ACGAAGCGCAUAAAACAAAAGUCUUCUCGUCGGUUUUGCGUAGUUCAUCCUCCCACCGAAAGAUGUCAGUAUUAAAUACACGUUGUUUACAAUCACACGGAACUACGUAACGGCUACCCAGACAGCGUCCACGUGGGAAGAGCAUUGGAAAACAAACAUGUCGGAAAGCGGCGAUGGAAUCACCGCGAAACAGACGGCACACGUGGUGGACGAAGAUCAACAAUCACCCCUCAUGGCCACGCGGACCCGCAGCGGCCGCAUGGUGCGUCGCCCAUCCGCAUUCCGGGGCUGUGAAACCCCGGUAACUUCUGGGAGGAGGACCAGGAGCGCCGUCACACCCAAGCAAAAAGAACCGGAGGCAGAGUCGCCGGAGCCGGACGAAGAGAAGCCCGCAGAAUGUGUCGGACCGGAGACCGCGGAGGAGAAGCCCGCAGAAUGCGACGGACCGAAGACCGCGGAGGAGCAUCCUCUUGAACCCGAGGCGGUGGAGCCUCGCACAGACCCCGCAGCUGAGGUUGACAUAGCCGGCCAGUUGUCCAAGCCAACACCAAUAGAAAAAGUCCCAGAGACCCCGAAGACGAAGUCGCAACCCCCCAAGAAGGUUCUUCUGGGGCAGAAUGUGAAAGCCACUGUGGUUGUUCCCCUGGGCAAGCCAAAAUCAGGCAGAGUGUGGAAGGACCGCAACAAACAGAGGUUCUCCGCGCUGGUACGAGACGCGUCGCUGUGCACCUCCUGGGAGAAGAAGAUGCAGGCCAAGCGGGAGAAGAAGCUCGUGCACAACUACAUGUUGGAGCUGAAAGAGCAGAAGGCCAAAGUGAAAGAGGACAAGCGGAAACGCCGAGAGGAGAACUUGAAGCGGCGAGCGGAGAACGAACGCAAAGCGGAGAUCGUGCAAGUGAUCCGAAACACUGCGAAGAUCAAGAGGAUGAAGAAGAAGCAGCUGAGGAAGAUCGAAAAGCGCGACACGCUCACUCUGCUGGAAAAUUCCAAAAACAACAACCAGAACCAGAACAACAACAAGAGCAAACGGGCAAAGAAAAGCAAGACUCCAAAUUUGACUUGAAGACAUUUUGGCCCGCGUGUUGCUUCUUUAAAGUUGAUUUAUGUACACAAGAGCUGAACAGCGUGAUUAAUCUUGUGAAUCAAAAUCUUUCAAAUGGUCUGCACAAAUAACGCAGUUGCCGCUGUACAGGUCCCUCGAGUUUGGUUUCAGGCUGGGAUUUUGUUUUCGCUUUCACAACUUUGUAUGAAAUAAAAUGUUUCGCCUUU